AAUUUUGACAGCUAGUUGUCAGGCCAUAGUGGAAUAAGUUUGGUGCCGAAAAUGUAUAAAUUCAGGACUCAUUUAGCAAAUCCAAAUUUAAUAUUGGUGAGAAAGCAAAUAGGUGAUGCAUCAUGCACCGCACUCGUUGUAAUGCGAGCGCCGCGCCGCACGUAUGCUCAGUUUGAUAAAGAUGCCUGUCCACCCCCACCUAAAGUACCACCAAAAUCCCGGAAGGUUCUAUGGACCGCUGUGGGAGCUACAAUUCUUACAGGAGCAGCGGUUGUGUAUGCUAAAAGCAGCCCAGAUGCUAGGAAUUGGUUAGAAUCAAAUGCUCCGUGGGCUAAUAACUUUAUAGCACUAGUUUAUCAGGAGAAUACAACAUAUUGGAAGGCAACCACAAACCAAAUCAGCAGAGUAACCACAGCUAUUAGUAAUUUCAUGUUUGGAAAGGAAGGUGUAUCCCCGCUCGAUUUCCAACAAAGAUCCGAACAGGAUUUAGAAAAGGAUGCGGUAGAACAUUUUACUAAAAAAGAUUAUGAAUUGCCCCCUCCGAAAUUCGAACCAUUGUACGUUCAAGAGAAACCUCCCGUGAGACCAGAACUUGAGACAAAGGUAACAUUGAUUCAAACGGAGCAAUGUCCGCCUCAGCAGCCGCCUCCAGUUGUCAUCACUAAGGAUAUGGUGGAACUGGAACAUGAUAUGCACGAGAACACUAAGAAAGCAAUCGACAACUACAAACAGGCAAAGAAAUACUGCAUCGACUAUAAUAAAGCACUUUAUGCUAUAGUAGAAUCUCCUAUUGAGGAUUUGGACAAGAAGAACUUCUCGUCUCUAAGAGGAGCUCAGAACGAACGCGACAACUUGAAGAAGAAGGCUCAUGAUUCUGCUUCUAAAGCCAGAUGUGCUAUUGAAACAUUAGAUCGUAUGAUAAAAGCGGGAGUACAAGCUCCACCGGAGAGUAUCGCAGCGACGCAGCGUUAUAUUAAAAAGUUCCGAGCAGAUCUGCAGGAAGCGGAGACUGCGUAUAAUGAGGAACAUGAUAAAGCAGUUCUUAGCGAUAGAUACUGGAAUAAGGUGGAGGCAGCUCGUACGGAGUUCAAGGAGGAACUGCAGAUGCUGUUUCCUGGAGUGGACCUCAGCACCAGGAAGUUGGAGCUGCGAGGAGACACAGACCUGCUGCUUAUGUAUACAUUGAAGAAGGUGCAAUAUUUACAAAACGCAAUCGCAGAACUACAAACUGUGAGGGAAUUGAAAAUCAAUCGAGCUAUCGAAUGUCAUGAUGAGAAAGCGAUAAUUGACGCUAAAGUAGAAGAAAUAAUCAAACGGGAAUCACUUAACAAGGAACUUGAGUUCCAGAAAAAGAGUCUUGCGAUUCAAGCAGAAGCAAAUAGAAAAAUGAAGGACCAGUUGAAAAAGCAGUUUGAGAUUCAACAAGAAGUGCUUCAAGACAAACUGAAAGCUAAAGAUAAAGAGGUUUUAUCAAAAUUCAACAAAGCAGUGUCGGAGGAAGUUGAGAAAGAACGCGUCGUGUUCAAGAAGGAUAUGGCCGCGAUGGCGGGGAAAUUAAUGGCUAUAGAACAAACACUUAAAAAGCGAGCGAAGGCGGAGGAGGAGGCUCGUCGGUCGCAGUCGCUGUGGGCGGCGGCGGAGGCGCUGCUGUCCGCCACGCGCCGCGCCGCGCCCGACGCUAAGAUUGACAAUGAGAUAAAAGCACUAGAAAAAGCAGGUAAAGACGACCGUUUAGUACAAACCGUACUGAGCGGGAUUCCUCAAGAAGCUCGUCAGAAAGGCAUCGCUACUGAAAAAUCUUUGCAAGAUAAAUUCGAAAAGUUGGAGAGAACUGCAGUUAAAGUGGCUCUGAUUGGUCGCGAAGGCGCCUCUCUGCCGGUCUACUUCUUAUCCUGGCUGCAAUCCAAGUUGUUGUUCCAGAAGUUUGCGGAUAUUCCUGAAGACGAGCUGAACAACAAACCGACCGACUUCACCAAGCUGGAUACAUUUGAUAUUAUAAACAGGGCGAGAUAUCAUAUGGAUCACGGUGAUUUGCAAUCCGCUCUCCGUUAUGUGAACUUGCUGCAAGGCGCUCCGCGGGCCGCAGCGGGUGACUGGGCGGACGCGGCGAGACAUCACCUCGAAGUACGCCAGGCCGCGCACGCUCUGAUGGCCCACGCGUCCGUCUCGGGACUACUGUACUCGUAAAUAUAUAUUAUACCCAAAUACAAUGUGAAAUAUCAGUUUACAGAAUUUAAUUAAAAUUUGUAAAAUUUCAUUAUAAUCUGUAAAAUUUGAUUAUAAAUUGGAAAAUUUCAUUGUAAUUUGUAAAAUUUUAUUAUAGUGUGAAAUUAAAAAUAUGUAUUGUAAAAUUUCAGGUUCAUGUAAUAGGAUUCGAGUUUGUAAAAUUAAAUUAUACUUUGUGAAAUUAAAUUCCGGUAUUUGAAAUUA